AUGCUUUGCCAUGUUACCCGUACGGAUUCGGUGGUUAUGGAAGUGGAAGUUGAUGCGAAGGCGAAUGGUGAAGACUGUCUGAAUAAGGUAUGGAUAGUGGAUACUCAUUUAAUUCCACCCUUUUCAGGUUGUUGUUAAUGUAUAUCUACAGUUGUGUUGAAUUCCAGUCAAUGUUGUCCUGCAAGUGCAAUUUGCAGUGACAUUUUUAGAUUGAAACCCAACACAUGAGCGUGUGUGUUCGUUUGCGGAGAUGAUAAAUCAAAAUGUUGAUGUACAGGCGAAGUUCAAUGUUUAACGUUAUUACUAGAUUUUCUGUCGACAGCGUCAGUUCUCUAAAUGGCAUUGUCUGUCACUAUAGCCUACCCUACAUUGUCACACACAGCAAUACAAAUGCGCUUCCUCUAUCGUGCAACAAUGUUGCUUUGGUCGAAAAGAAGUUGGUUACGUUGUCCGUGAAAUAGCCCCCCAAACUCAUGAUUAUGUUGGUGAUUACCUAAAUAGGUACUAUUAAGGUGCUUUAUGGGGGAAUUGUUUACUGGUAGUAUAGUCACGAGGAAAGGCUUUGUCAAGCCAAGGUUACUUCAGUUCAUUUGGUUUCCCCGUGCAUACUUGGCAAAUUGGCAAUGUUAUUGGGUAGCUUCAAUGGGGGUUCCCAUUGUUUACUAGAUCAACAUUGAAUAUCCAAUAGUUCCAAAUUGCUGAAAAAUCCGUUUUGAAAGAGUUAAAUACUCUAACGCGUGUACAAAACUGCUGGUGUCAAUGAUGUAGUCAUCAAUCCAGGAAAUAAAAGGAACCAAUGUGAAUUUAACAGAGGCUCUAAUCGCGUUGUCUUCUACUGAGUUCUAUACAGUCUAAGGCCCUAUCUCUUAUGCACAGCGCGUUGACAUAUCUUUUGACUGGAGUCAUAUUAGUUCUCACCGUCGGUCCCCUCUGGACGUAGGCUACCCUUGAUGUUAUGUAACUCCAUUCCUUUCUUGCCGCUGUUGAGCUUUAUUACCGCGGGAAAAAGAUCCCAAUGUAUUUUCCAUCAACCGCUCCCACUGCAUAUUGACGUGUACAAACCACAGAGUCAAUGGCAAAGGCAAAAAAUAGUAAUAAAAAAACAUGGUCAACUCGGUCUCAUGUUUUAUUGAAGAUGCUCUAAACGUCCAGGUCUAGGCCUUCACCAACUGUACAUCAGUUGAGGUUUUACUUUGAUAGAAUGACUAUUCAUGGGAUCUCGCCAUGUAGCCUAAAAAACGUAAUUCUUCUUCUAUUCCAAAGGUGUGUAGGAAGUUGGGAAUCAUAGAGGUGGACUACUUUGGCCUGCAGUUCUCGGGCAGUAAAGGAGAGAACCUGUGGCUCAACCUGAGGAACAGAAUCUGUCAGCAGAUGGACAAUCUGACUCCCUGCCGACUCCGGCUUCGGGUCAAGUUCUUUGUGGAACCACAUCUCAUACUCCAGGAACAGACGAGGUACGGAUAUUCUGUAUAA